UCUUGGAGCACUCAGCACUGCCAUCCACACUCCAGCACUUCAGCAGGCACAGGGAAGGGGAUCAGAAGGGAUCAAACAGGCUGCCAUGGAGCUGCUGGCCGCGCUGGGCUGUGCGCUGCUGCUCGCCGCGGUGCUGGGGCAGGACUGUCCCUCUCCGUGCCUCUGCCGGUCCCUGCCGGAGCCGGGGGCGCUGCUGGUGGACUGCAGCUCCCGGGGGCUGCGCUCCGUGCCCGCCGUGCCCCGCCGCGCCCGCAGCCUGCUGCUGCACAACAACAGCCUGGCCUCCGUCCCCGCCGGGGCUCUGGACAGCCUGGGCCACCUGCGGCACCUGCAGCUGGCCGGCAACCCCUGGCGCUGCGACUGCGGCAUCCUGUACCUGCGGCUGUGGCUGCAGGACUCGCCCCUGGCCGCGCCGCGCUGCGCCAGCCCCGCGCAUCUGGCCGGGAAACCGCUGGCGCAGCUGGACGGCGGCGACCUGCGGGGCUGCGCCAGGCUGCCCCCCGCCAGCUGCCUCCAGUUCUUCUGGAGAGACCUCGUCCUGGUGGCUGGGGCCGUCAUCACCCUGCUUCUGGCGGCGUGGGCGCUCAAGCUCGCCAAGAAGCGGGUGUGCCAGCUCACGCUGAGCCGGCGGCUCAGGAGGAGCGUCCCCAAAACCCGCAAGACGCAGUGAGCUCCUCCCUGCCUGCCAGGAACUUCCAGCUCCUCCUCAGCUAAAAAAGAGCACUGGUGUCUUGUGUUGCAGUACAGGAUGUACCAGCAAUGUGGAUUCUGUCCCCAUCUGUUAACCCAGCUGGGGCAGUGACCCUGAUCUCCUGGCACACAUUAUCUGCUCAUGGGCCAGCUUUAAAUCAACUGGGGCAAUCAUCUAUAUCUUUUCCACAACCCAUCCUCCCUCCAGGAGAUAUCAUCUGCUGCUGGCCCAUUCAGUCCCAGUGCAUGACUGAUAAAAUUCCAUCAUCCCACUGGGAGAUGCUCCAGCCAGGGCAGCAGCCAAGCCUUUCCUACCCAGAUAAAAACUGACAUUUUGGACACCAAGGUACCUUCUUUCCACUAAACUCCAGAAAAAAACCAGACCUUUUUCCACAUCAUCCCUGCAGCUUCAGAGGAAACUGCACCUUCUCCAGGAGCACUGCUCCAGCUGAACCACAUCUGCCCCUGCAGGAGGAUGCAGCCACCAUUGAAUGGGACUGUGCCAACACCCUGACUGACUGACGGGUGUCAGCUUGGAUUCUGACUCUGGCAGGGUUGGGAUUGUUCUGUGUAAUACUGCAUUGCUAUUUUAAUUUUCCUAGUAAAGAACUGUUAUCCCUAAUUCCCUUAUCUUUACCUGAGAGCCCCUUAAUUUCAAAAUAAUAAUAAUUUGGUGGGAGGGGGUUUCCAUUCUCCAUUUCAAAGAGAAGCUUCUGCUUUUAUUGGCAGACACCUGUCCUCCAAACCAGGACAACUGGUAAUGCUGGUUUGAAUAGUCAAUGCUUAAAAAAGCUCCGUCUCUGGGUUCUCAGGCGAGUUUGAUUUAAUUAUUCUCCAAAAAAAGACACUUGGUGAGGUUUGGACAGGCAUGUUUCAUCCUUCUGCCGUCUCCUCACAUAAAGAGCAGUUUCCACAUUUUUUAAAAAUAAUUUAACUUAGUGCUUUCCCACUGAAUUCUCUUAUGGAAAGAAGAUUUACACCCCCACAUCCUCCAUUUUUUUAAAUAUGGAGAUGAACACCAAUUGUGUUAUUGUAUUAAAUUAAAAUUAUAUUUUUUUAAUAAUCCUUUUCUCGCUCAGGCUCUGUGAGUUCACUGCCCAUCACCAUCUCUGGUGUCCCAGUGGGCUGGGCAGGACCAUUUCUGUGUGCAGAAAACUCAGCAUCUCUUCCUCAGGUUCAGGAGCUCCCUGCCACCAAAACCACCCAGAUUACACAGACCAGACACUGAAUGUAUCUCUUAGUGAACACAGUUAAAGAUGGACUGGUAAAGAGAAUAUAUUCAGCAAAAUAAUUUUAAAUCUUACUGAAUUUCCUGGAGGGUGAACAAUAAUAAAGCACUCUGUGAAACUGAAAUAAUGGAUGCUUAUUGAACAUUUAUAUUGACUCAAAUUUGACCUCGUUCACUAUUCUAAACAUUUAUUAUUAGAUUUCUAAGACAUUUCCAGAACUUGUCCCCUGGAGAUAAUUUUAGAAUAUUUCCCCUGCACUGAGCUUUUCAAUUUUAUAAAAGACAACCACCAUUGUGAAAAAUGCAGAAUAUAACAGAAGAAAUGCACUCUGCCAUCCCUCAUGGAAUUUCCUACAUGAGAUUUCUUGUUUCCC